ACUGACCACACGUUCUACACAAUUUUUGACGAGGAGGACGUUAUUUGGCACACACGGGAGGAAUGUUAACGAAUUAAAUGGACACCCUUUAUAAGUUCUACGCCAGCUUCAUACUUAAAUACAUACGCAACUUUACGCCCGUGCAAAAUAUGAGCUAUAAAUUUAAUGUUUGCUGUAAUUUUCUUGUAGCUGGGAAUCAUUCUGGCUGGUGCCUUGACAAUGAGGCAUUUACGAAAUUUACAUCCCAAGGCGGGACACACGAUGGACAUGUUGAAACAGAUUUGGUACACCGCAAUGGAAUAUCAGUCAUCGGAUUUUCCAGAUAUUCCCGAAAUCGAGCAAUAUAUCGAAAUCGAAAAGAAAAUUGUGUCUUGUCAAAUCGGUAAGAAAACAGCGUUCGACGACCUUACGUCCACAAUCAGGAAACAAGCCAACUACUUGUCCGGGCAUUAUCACUGGUUAACUUUCACCGUGGGAAAAGCCCCCAUAUUGUACGUCUCGAUGGCAUGGAUCCUACAAUCCGAUGUGCCCACCCCGCUUACAAAUUACCUCGAAAGACUCGUGGAGGCGGGAAUUUACCAGAAAUUAAAUGACUAUUUUACAUCAAAUAUUCCAAAUAAGAUUGAGCGGGAAGAAUAUACGAAAAAUGUGACGCAACAAUAUGGAGAUAGGUUAAGAGUUAAACCCAUCACUUUAAGGGAUUCGAUACAGACAAUUUUUAUAAUUUAUUUGGCGGGAAUUUUGCUCUGUUUCGGAAUUGAGAUACAGUCAAGCACUGUAUUUUAUAGGAGAGAAAUUUGGAGAUGUAUUCGAUAUCUUGGGGUAAAAAUAUGUGCACUUUUUAGGAAUUGUUGCUCCGCCAUGGUUAAGAAAUGGCGAGAGAGGAAAGGUUCAAAGAUAUUUUUGAGUUGCUUCAAUCGUGGAAACAGCAAUUACGUGCUCAGAAAAGGACGGGCAACAUGUAAAAAAUACAAGAAAACGUCACCGACGAGCCCUAACCGUAAAUAACAAAUGCUUUUGAUGUAAUAACUACGUAUCAAAUUUUUUGAAUAAAUUAACAACAUUGUGGCAUGAGAGCAUCAUAUCCUAAUGAUGGAAUGAUAGCUACUCUAAAACAUGCUCUAGUGUGAGAGUCUCGAUAGGA